AAACAGCCUAGCACACAGGCACGCACACACCGUCGGACAGCACUGUUUCCGUUAACCCAGGUUUCAAAGCAUUUGUUCUGAACGCGGUAUCACUAGAUAUCUCUCUAGGAGAAAAAAAUUACAAUUGAUUUCGAUUUUCUCGGCCCGAAGUGUGUUCACGUGUCUUGACAAAACGGCGUACGGAUAACGUAUCGUUGGCUCGUUCAGUUUCGUCUCCCCACUACGUCGGUAACUUCUCACGCGCUCUCUCGUUCCUGUCAUCGUCUGUUUCAACUGUCAUAGUCGCUGCACUAACGCCAUCAACCCUUGGACGUUUUCCUUGUUUGCUUUUAGACAGUAAAUAAGAUUCGUUUGUUCCCUGCAUGGGAGGCAUUAAUUCCCGGACUAUGGACAUCGAACAUGAUCGUGGGCUGGCCGCUGUCUUGCAAUAUUUGAUACGCAGCGGACAACUACACAUCAUAUCCUCGGAUCACGAUGACUCGGACGAAGAAUAUGUCGCGAGCUCGCAACCGCCAAGAUUCACGUCCCAUUUACAUUUACAUCCAAACACAUCCAGACUAGAUAAAAGUGAAAUAAGUCUAGCUACCAAGCAGGCUUGCGGAUUUGUUAGCGAUGUCGACAAACGCAACAUUUCUAUUGCGUCCAUGAUCCAAAGGAGAACCCUGGGCCCUGGUUUCAGCACAGGAGAAAGAUGCAGAAUAAGCAGUAGUUUUUUGCCAAACAAAAUGCAUCAGGUUGCUAAAUACAAUGCUAAAGCUUUUUGUGGAUCUUAUUCCCAAGAUGGAAGAUUUUUCUUAACGGCCAGUCAAGAUAAGUUUUUACGUCUUUAUCGAACGCACGAUGGUGACUUCACAGAGUUCAAGACAAUUUUAGCUCGAGACGUAGGGUGGAGUAUUUUGGACACUGCUUUUAGUCCCGAUGGGAAUUAUAUUGUAUAUUCUAGUUGGUCAGAAUGUUUAUAUUUGUGUCCUGUUUACGGAGAUUCAUGCGCACAAGAAUCGCUACCUCUGUGUCCAGAAGACCGAAGGUUUUGCGUGUUCUCUCUAGUGUUUUCUAGUGACGGUCGUGAAAUUUUGGGCGGAGCAAACGACGGUUAUCUCUACGUCUACGACAGGGAAUGCCAUCAACGUGCAUUUAGGAUCGAGGGCCACGACAAUGAUGUGAACGCAGUGGUAUUUGCCGACAACACGUCGCAAAUUCUAUACAGUGCUGGCGACGACGGUCUCUGUAAGGUCUGGGACAGGAGAACGUUGAACGAAUCGAGUCCACAUCCGGUGGGAGUACUGGCUGGCCACAUGGACGGGAUCACGUACGUCGAUCCACGCGGUGAUGGUCGAUAUCUCAUCACAAACAGUAAAGAUCAAACAAUCAAGUUGUGGGACGUGCGCGCCUUCUCGGAUCUUAUGGGUGAACUGAACACACGGAAAGCUGUCGCGAAUCAAACUUGGGACUACCGAUGGCAACGUGUACCAAAGCGAAUUCACAAAGCGAAACACAUGCUGGAGGGUGACACAAGCAUCAUGACAUACCGUGGGCACUCGGUACUUCAGACUCUUAUACGUUGUCACUUUUCUCCCUCCUCCAUAACCGGACAGAGGUACAUAUACACAGGAUGUGCUGCUGGCAGAGUAAUAAUUUACGAUGUACUAACGGGCAGAAUAGUUAGCACAUUGGGAGAACAUUCGGGAUGCGUGCGCGACGUUAGUUGGCAUCCUUUCCAUCAGGAGAUUGUUUCGACUGCCUGGGAUGGAGCGGUUAUCAGUUGGCGAUACGCCGGCAAGACCGCACUAAGUAAUUCUGAUUCUGAAGAUGAAAGGGACACAGAAUCGCCUCCGUUGAGGCGUAGUCGACGAAUAGCUGCUCAAAGGGCGAAACGCGCCACUCGACCCUGUUGAGUCUCAUAGUCGUUCCGCCGAGUAACUGGAUCUUUUCGGAAUCAAUUCAGUCUUUUCGUUCCUACGAGGAAGGAGUUAGUGCUCGGUACAUGUCGACAGGAUAUUUUUGUAUCGAUCGCUGUUACUCAUCGACAUUCAGGAGACUAACUUUCUUCUACAAGACUGAGUUAUUGCUGAAUGAACGCGGACCUCUAUGAAGUCAACGUCGUGAUAUUUUGGCCAUACCGAUGGCACGUUACCGGGACAAGACUUAAACAACGUUGAAAAUGAAACCGGGACAUGAUCCGAACCAAAAAAAACUCAUUUUCGACGGACCCAACUUCCUGUGUCUUGAUAUCGGACAAUUGCUUUCUUCCCUUUCCUUCUCCCUUCCUGUUUUUUUCUCUCCCGCAAUCCCGUUCCCUCGUAUCAUCCCUCGUGCCACCUUCGCAAUUUUCCUUUCCCCUCUGCAGAAUUUUAAGCGUACCCAUUGUAAAACUACAAAUCUAGAUAAUUAAAAAUUCAUUCUUCCGCAACGAAACGAUUUGUUUCUUUACGUUUAUUUCUUACGCAUCAUUUCGAUCGGUUGAAUCAGAGUUUUUAUAAAAAAAAAAAAGAAAAUCACCGCGUUUGUAAUCGUAUUUGACCGACCCUUGUUUACGAUUACCAGAAAAAACAUGCCAAUAGUAGUUCAACACCAAAUGGCACAGGAAAGGAAGGACGAGAAACGAGAAAAGGAACGAAUUGUCGACAGAGAUGUUGGUGGUUUUUACAGCGUCGUUGCGUUUCAAACCGAUUAGAAGUAAAAAGACAAAUGAUCGUCUGUCAAUUUACACACAAUGUGUUAUCCUGUAAGAUACAUUGACAAGAUUGCGUACCGAUUUCCAAAAAUGUGUAUAUAUAUAUAUAUAUCUGUAUGUAUGUAUGUGUAUAUAUAUAUAUAUAUUUACGCAAAACACGCAACCUCGGAAUACAGACACGAUGCAUACACACACGAAUACGAGCGCGUAUAACUUACAGUGUAUACUAAUAAAUUGUUAAAAUAUA